CCGUUUCCCCUUCCUUGCGUUCUCUCCUCUCUCUCUCUCUCUCUCUGCCUCAUCUCUUUUCCCCUACCACCUGCUACUUCUUCCUCACCGUCCCCUACUCCAUGCCACAAGCACCGGUAGAGCUUCCUCCCCGGAGAUUACGAACAAGGAUCUCCCGUCCAGGCAUCCCUCUGCUUCUCCUUGUGCAGCAACACGAUGACUCGCCACUGGCGCUCAUCUCUGCGCAGGCGUGGCGACCCGAUGUCCUUCCGCUACUCCUCAGAUUCUCUGCUUCCUCACCACCGGUGGCUCUUCCUUCAUUUCCUCCUGAUUUGGGGAGGUAGAGUGCGAGCUCGGGCAGAGGCGGCGACAGUCAUUGGGCCCUACAGAGGAAGUUGUGGAGCAAGGCACCGAUGGAGCGCAACGACUCGGCAUAGGCGUGGUGCGCGUUGGCGAGCAUGUAGCGCUGGUGAAUGACCAACACCAGGAGCUCAGAGCGAACCCGAAAGUGGAGCACCGCGUACUCCUCCAUCUUGGGCUGGUCGUACCCCAUGGCGACCCGACCGACCGGGGAGCAGCUGGCGAGUGGCAGGCGCGGAGGCGAGCAGAUCUGGGUGGCUGCCACCUCUUACCGGCUACAACAGGGAGUGGCUGCCACCUCUUACCGGCCACCUCUUACUCGAUCUGUGCCAUCUCUUCUCCUCGACGGCUCUGGCGUCAGCCAGCCAGCCACAACCGAGCCGAGCCAGAUCUGGCGAGGGUCCCUGACGGCGAGUAGGCAACAGUGCGUGGGCACGAUGGUCUCCAUGGAUGGAAACUACUCCCUCGCCACAACGCAACAGUGGCCAUCUCAUGGAGAAGAUAGAGGCUGGAAAUGCCCUGCAGAGAGCUUUCAGUGUUUUCCUUUUCAACUCCAAAUUUUAGUUGCUACUACAGGAUAUUACCUCACUGCGACUCCACGAGCCCAGAAACCCUCAAGAGUUGGAGCAGAGCCGCUUUGCCGCCGUGCCGCCGCACGGUUGUGGAAUAACGCUGCUAACAAAGCCUAACGCCAACACAGCCUAAAUAUGUUACAUAGGAUCAGUACAUACCCGUACAUUCAGAUGGAUAAAAAUAUGAGCUAUCCCGUAGCAACGCACGGGCAAGCUAUCUAGGAUCAGUAAUUACCUUGCUGUGUCGCUGGGCAGGACGCGGACGUCGCCGCGUCCGGGACGAUGUGUCGCUGGGUAGCAGCCGUGUAGUAGUCCGAAUGGGCACAACGUUGUUACUCUGAAGAAAUCCGCCGCAUUUCCUCGCUGAUCUACCUCAUCGGAGACAUGCCACGCCGGCGGCGCGCAGCGAGGAAAGAGGGCAUGGGGCGGCGCGCGGCGAGGAAGAUUGCAGGGAGAGGCGCGCGAAGGACGAGUGCAGCGGACAAUAAUCGCUGGAGAGAAGAACGAAGGGGCUGGGAGGAGUCGCAGGCGACGGGUCUGGGAGAGGGAGAAAGAGGGAGUCGCAGAAAUCACGGAUUGUUUCCAUCUCCGGUUGGGUGGUAAAACAUGAAUAA